AUGUCGUCGGUGGCGUCGUCAAGGUCCGGAGCUCCGAAAUCGGUUGCCAGUGAUCAAAAUACAAACCAGAAGAAGGUGUGGUUCUACUCCCUGCUGCUCACGCUGCAAUAUGGAGCCCAGCCUCUCAUCUCUAAAAGUUGCACUAGGCGGGAAGUGAUUGUUACGUCUGCUGUGUUAACAUGUGAGGUCGUAAAGGUGAUCUGCGCUUUUCUUCUCAUGGCCAAAGAUGGGACUUUGAAAAAAGUGUUGAAAGAGUGGACAUUAGUUGGAUCACUGACUGCAUCAGGUCUACCAGCUGCUAUCUAUGCGUUGCAGAAUAGCUUGUUGCAGAUUUCGUACAGAAACCUUGAUUCUCUCACAUUCUCAAUGCUGAAUCAGACCAAAUUAUUCUUCACUGCUUUUUUUACUUAUGUAAUAUUGAGGCAAAAGCAGUCAACCCAACAAAUUGGAGCUCUCUUCUUCUUAAUACUAGCAGCUGUUCUUUUAAGUGUUGGCGAAGGUUCCAGCAAAGCAUCAAGCAGUAGUAAUCCUGAGGAAAUCUUAUUUUAUGGAAUUGUACCUGUCCUUGUAGCCUCUGUGCUUUCUGGUCUCGCUUCUGCUUUGUGUCAGUGGGCAUCUCAGGUGAAGAAGCACACAUCAUAUUUGAUGACAGUGGAGAUGUCUAUAAUUGGAAGCUUGUGCUUGCUGGCUAGUUUUUCUAAAUCACCUGAUGGAGAAGCAAUUAGAAAACAUGGUUUCUUCUAUGGUUGGACGCCGCUAACAAUGAUCCCUGUGAUACUCAAUGCUGUUGGUGGAAUUCUGGUGGGGCUUGUGACAUCAUAUGCUGGUGGUGUUCGUAAGUGUUUUUGCAGGCAGACGAAAGACUCCCAUUGGAUAAACCAGCAUAGAAGAUAAAGUAGAUUUGGCCAUAGUGACUCUCCCAGAGAGAGACAACAUUUUGGUCCUCCAGGAAGCAAAGUUCCCCAUCAUUCGAGAAGAAAUUGAGAGAAGAUUGUCGUCUUUCUUUAUGAGAAAUCCAACCUGAGACCCAAAUACUUGCUAUGAACUUGUCCCAUCGGGAUCUUGAGAGUGGCAUGAAUAAAUGAUUUCAUUUCUUGACUAGUGUUUUGGUUGAGAAGAAUGGAGCACUUUUGAAAAUUGAUGCGCUAUCCUGAAAAAAUUGAACAAUUUUCCAAGAGUCCAGUGAGGGCCAAAAUGGAAGCUUGCUUACAUUACAAGAAGAAGAGACUGUCAUCCGCAUACAUAAGGUGACUUAUGUGUGGUGCAAGGCGACAAAUUUUAAUACCCAAGCCUGGAAAGGUAGAGAUCUCCGACUUGAUGGCCGAUGAAAGUACUUGUUGGCACAAAAUAAAUAAGUAAGGAGAUAGAGGGCACCCUUGUCUUAAACCUUUAUUUGGGGAGAAAGGCUGUAAAUAUCUCCAUUGAACUGUAUGAAAUAGGACAUCGAAGACACACGUUGCAUGAUCAAUGUGAUGAUGCGUGGCGGGAAGUUGGCCUUGAUUAAAACCGCCUGUAGAAAGGACCAUGAAAUACGAUCAUAAGCUUUACUCAUAUCUAGUUUUGCCGCUGCUAGUCCUGUGAGACCCUUCUUUUUCCUAAUGCAUUCCACCACCUCAUGAGCAAUGAUAAUGUUUUCACUGAUGUUUCGUCCUCCGACAAAGCCAUUUUGAUGCUCAUCAAUCAAACCAUUCAUCAUCACUUUUGGUGAUGAUCUUGUACUUAACAUUGCAUAGACUAAUAGGCCUGUAGUCAUUUGGGGUUACCGGCGAUGCCACUUUGGGUAUAAGCGCCAAUCUUGUUUGGUUCCACUCAGGCGGAAAGGUAAGUGAAGUGAAUACCUCAAGGAUAGGCUUUUGUACAUCCGGGCCUAUAAUAUGUAUUGUUGAUAAAAACCUGCCGACAUACCAUCCGGGCCCGGAGAUUUCCAUGGUGCCAUUUUUUUAAUGGCACACCAAACUUCAUUGGCUGUGAAAGGAGCAUC